UCUCAUUUUCUCACUUCGAACAACAAGAAAGCCAGAAACUCACUCUCAACCCUCAGCUUCCGGCGGUUUAUCGGCGAAUUUCCGGCGACCCAGCGACAGCAACCACUUCCAGCGAAAUUUUCUUCUUCCAGUAGAAAGGGUUGUUUGCUCUUUCGAUGAGUUGAAAGAAAGUGCAAGAGCCGCAAGCUGGAGGAUUGGAUGGCAAAGUACUAUGACAUUGAUGAUAUUAUCACGGAGGAAGAGAUUGUGUCAGUUAUGUUUCAGAAGGCAGCAUCUGGAGUGGGAAUAGAUCCCAGUUCUGAGACGGACUUUAUUGAAGCAGGCUCAAAAGUUGAACUGCCUUUUUGGCUUGCUCGUGAGUUACAGUUGAGACAAGCAGUAUCAGUCAAUGUUCCUUCUUGUUUCAAUCAAAAAACAAGGUUAGAGAUCCAAGCUGAUUCUGCAUAUGUAGAUUUGAGGUCCAGAUGUCCAUUCUUUUAUGAAUUUGGUUGCAAGAUAGCACCUAUAGUUGCCGAUAGAACCAUCGGGUUUCUGUUGUUGUCUGCAUUUCAGAGUAGGUAUAAGGAAGUCCUCACUAAGGCACAUAGUUCAGCAUUUGCUGCUGGUUCCAAAUUCUGGACUAUUCUGACAAAAGAGGAGAUCAAUUUGUAUGAGACAGCUCAAUCCGCAAUGGCAUCCUUCAAGAAAUGGCGAAUGGGGGGACCCAUGUUUCAGAUAGCUUCUGUUCUGAGAAGAAAGAGAAAAUCAAAUGAAUAGUUGCUUUCUAACCUUACAUUUGUUUAGGGCAAUUGAUUUGGACCUGCAAAUUGCAAGAUGCGUUGAAAAAUGGACAAAAAACGUUAAAUUACUUAUGAUAUCCUUGUAAAAUCAAUACAAUGUGUUGUAAUUUUAAAUUGCUUGCGUAAGGUUAUGAACACGAGAAUUUAUUAUUAGUAUUAUUAUUGGUUGAGAAACGGGGCUAACAGCCCAAAACCUAAUAUUUUCAAGCAGCUUGAUUCCAAGUACUGGGUGUUGUCUACCUUUGGUCCUACGUGUCGUUCUUCCCUUAUAGGCCUGUUGCAGAGAAUUGCCAAGUCCAGUCAGGGAGUAUUGCAUUCGAGGAACAGUAUAUGCGUGAUUAUUAGCAUGUGACUGGUGUAUCAUUAUCAUUAGUAGGGUU